UUGUGAUGAAAGUUUUAAAAUAAUGAGCAGAUCUGCCGAAGCUCCAGGACACACACAGUUUUUUUUCCUACACGUAUUCUCAAUCCAAGAAGAGAGUGGAGAAAUGCACAUGUGAUCGUAAAUGAAAUACACGCCUUUAGCGUUUAUGAAUAUGUUCAUAUUUCCUAGUAUUUUUGUUCAAGAAGAUAUUUAUGAGUGACCACGAGACAACCAGAAAACGUGUCUCCAGUAGACGGCAGUAAUGUGACGCCAUGGAUGUCAUCUGGCAUAAACGUCGUGAACAAAUAAACCCGGAAGUCAUCAACACGUUGCGUAUGAGAGGACCAGCGGGUUGCCAUCAGACAUCCUCAAAGUCGUCGUUGUGAAAGAGGAGCCUGAGGACGAGCCAGCUACCCCUCCUCCCCCACGCGAAAAGGGAAGCGGAGGAUCCACACGGGAGAAAAACCUUUCAGCUGCUCAGUAUGCAGUAAAACGUUCAGCCAGAGUGCAAAUGUAGUUGUUCACACUCACAUUCACACUGGAGAGAAACCCUUUUCCUGCUUGCUUUGUGGCGUGCGGUUCUCUCCAAAGGGACAUUUGGUGAUACACACGAGGAGACACACUGGUGCCACACAAGCUUUAGUCACCGCUCACGGUUGCUUCAACACAAAAGAGCGCACACUGGAGAAAAACCUUUUUGUUGCUCGAUCUUCAACACAAGCUUCCAUCGGCUCUUGCCGCUGGUGGAGCACAUGAGAACUCACACUGGAGAAAAACCUUGCUCAUGCUCUGUGCUGAGAGGUUCUCCCAAAGGCGUAAUUUGAUGUCACAUUUUAGAAUGCACUCGGGAGAAAAACCUUUUCUGUGCUCUUUUUGUGCUGAAAGAUUUGCUGGAAAGGGCAAUUUGAUGUCCCGCAUAAGAACUCACACUAGCGAGAAACCCAAAGUGGACAAAAAAAAGAAACCCUUGAUUUGUGCAAAAGGUUUCUCUGAGAAAGGACACAUGAUGUCACACAUGAGGACACAUUCAGGACAAAAGCCCUUUCCCUGUUUGUUUUGUGCUAAAACAUUCACGACCGAGCGAUCUUGGGUGUUACACGUGAGAGGACACACUGGUGACAAAGUGUGUGUGACGAAUCCGGGCAAACAACAUGACAACCUUUAACCUCCAGCGUCUGUUGUGCAUAUAGUAUCCUGGUUUAUGUGUCUCAACCGUCCCUCUGUGUGUCCAAUGUCAAAUAAAAGUGCUUAACCUGAUGAGUGAACUUUAAAUGUAUUAUUGUUGGCAAUGUAAAACUUUGUAAUCUAACAAACCUCCACACAGGAAACAAAGACUCCAUGUAAUUAAAACAACAACUACAGUGGAAGCAUUUCCUGUGAUUUUGUUUCAACAUAAGCUCAGCUGCUUUCACUGUUUGAUCAUUUCGGUAGUUAGAAUAGAGUUGCCAGCUUUCGUCAUUCUCACUUUUGACAAUACCAAGACGUUAUUUUCACAAAAAUGAUAUCCAAGAGCCGUUGGGUUUCCGCACUCGUUUUAUUUUGAAAGGCAGAUCUAGGAACAUUUAUUUCCUGUAAAGGUCGCGUCAAUCUGCCAAAUCGGCAGCACGAGCACAAUGGAAAUGGAACAACGCCGACAUCUAUUUCAUAAUUCUGAACACAAGUCGACAACUGAAGUUUUACCUGCAGAUGUAAGGAAGGUGAUUGUUGGUGAAGACCAGCAGCAGGAGUGGAGUUCCAGGGUGGAGCAGGAGGAGCCACAGCCCGCCCACAUGAAAGAGGAAGGCGCUGAUGCCAGCAAGUUCCGUGUGAAGAGUGAAGAAGAUGACGAGGAGCGAAGCGAGUGGUCACAGCUUCAUCCCAGCGAAGAAAGCAGAGAGGAGGGGACGCUGAGACGCCGCAGUGGUGGAGCGUUUGAGGACGCUCUUGUGGGAGCAAAACCUUUUUCCUGCUUGCUUUGUGGCAAAAGCUUCUCUCGCAAAGGACACCUGAUAACACACACUAGAACUCACUCUGGAGAGAAAACGUUUACCUGCGCAGUCUGCGGCAGAAACUUCUCCGAUAAAAGCAACAUGAUGACACACACCAGGACGCACUCUGAGGAAAAACCUUUCACUUGCUCCGUUUGCGGCAAAGGAUUCUCGGUCAAGAGAUACUUGGUGUCCCACAUGAGGACGCACACGGGAGAAAAACCUUAUUCCUGCUCGGUGUGCAACGCAGAUUUUAGCUACCGCAUGUCGUUGGUGCUGCACAUGAGAACGCACACCGGAGAGAAACCUUUCUCUUGCUCGGUUUGCGGUAAGAGUUUCUGUCAGAAGGGACAGCUGAGAGCGCACAUGAGGACGCACACGGGAGAAAAACCCUUUUCCUGCUCACUCUGCGGUGAGCUGUUCUCUCAGAAAGGGCACAUGAUGUCCCAUGCCAGGACGCACUCGGGAGAAAAACCCUUUUCGUGCUCAUUUUGUGGGAAGGCUUUCUCGGAUAAGAGAAACAUGACGUUACACAUGAGAAGACACGCCGAUGAGAAGUUGCAGCUGAAAGGCGUCUCUCCGGUGUGCGUCCUCAUGUGUAUCAUCAUGUUUCUCUUUGUGGCAAACAACUUCCCGCACAGCGAGCAGGAGAACGGUUUUUCCCCGGUGUGCGUCCGCAUGUGUGAGAUCAUGUGUCCACGCUCAGAGAAAGUCUUCCCACAGAACGUGCAGGAAAAGGGUUUUUCUCCCAAACUCUUACCGCAAACCGAGCAAGAGAAAGGUUUCUCUCCGGUGUGCGUUCUCAUGUGCAGCACCAACGACAUGCGAUUGCUCCUGCUGGAGAAGUCCUUGCCACACACACAGCAGAUGAUCUUUUCUCCAGUGUGCGUCCUCACAGCAGCGAAACUGCUUUUUGUCCACUUUGGAGUCGUCCGUGUCUGUGUCGGUGUCAUCGGAUUCCGAGAGUGGGCUCAAACGGCGGUCCGGUUUCGCUCCUCCGCGGUGGUGAGACGACUGAGCUUGCUCUUCGUCACCUUCACUCUUCACACGAAGCUUGGCGACGUCAGCCUCCUCCUCUUCCUCUUUAAUGCGGGGGGACUGUGGCUCCUCCUGCGCCACCCUGGAGCUCCACUCCUGCUGCUGGUCUUCACCAACGAUGACUUUAAACACAUCGGACGUACGGAUGUUAAAAAAGAGAACGCGACGAAGCUGAACUGCAGAAAAAGGGAGCAUCUGGUUAAAAAAAGAGAGAUGGACCAAGACCUUCAGUCCGUUCCAAACCCCGAACCGAAGUCGAAACGUGAAGUGUUGCCAUCAGACGUCCUCAAGGUGGUGGUGGUGAAAGAGGAGCAGCAGGAGGAGCCAGAGCCCCCCCACAUGAAGGAUGAAGCGGACGAGGCCGACAUCGGCAAGUUCCAUGUGAAGAAUGAAGAAGACGAUUACGAGGAAGCCGAGUGGUCACGGCUUCAUCGCGGCGAGGAGAAGACGCGUCGUCAAGAGGAUGACAGCAUCUUAGGUGCGCUGUCAGACUGUGAAGACACGACAUCACAGUCUAACGACACUGAUGACAGUGACCGCACGGAAGGACAGCUGAAGACGAACGAACACGCGAAAGGCCACUUGGAAUGUUCUCAGUGUGGCAAAAGGUUUGACCAUGAGAAAAAUCUGACAAGACACAUGAGGAUCCACGCAGCAGACCAAACUCUGACUUGCUCGUUCUGCAGCAGGACAUUCAAGCAGCGCUCGGAUUUAAUCGUUCAUUGCCGUAUUCACACCGGAGAGAAACCUUUUACUUGCUCAGUUUGUGGCGGAAGUUUCUCCCAAAAGGGCAGUUUGGUGAGACACACGAGGAGUCACACGGGAGAGAAACCCUUUUCCUGCUCACAGUGCGAGGCCAGCUUCCGACGGCGGUCGGCUUUGGUCAAACACGUGAGGACCCAUACAGGAGAGAAACCUUUCCCCUGUUCGGUGUGCGCCAAGAGGUUCUCCGAUAAGAAAAACAUGACAAUACACAUGAGGACGCACACCGGCGAGAAACCGUUUUGUUGCUCGAUUUGCGGCGAAAGAUUCUCCGAUAAGAAAAAUAUGAUGAUACACAUGAGAACCCACAGCGGCGAGAAGCCUUUCUGCUGCACAAUUUGUGGCGAGCGCUUCUCUCAGAGGUGCAGUUUGAUGAGACACACGAGGACUCACACGGGAGAGAAACCCUUCACCUGCUCAGUCUGCACUAAAAGCUUCUCGGUGAAGAAAAACAUGAUGACACACAUGAGGACACACUCUGGAGAGAAACCCUAUUCGUGUCCAAUUUGCGCCAAAUGUUUCUCCAUUAAGAAAAACAUGAUGACGCACAUGAGAACGCACACUGGGGAGAAACCCUUUUCAUGCAUGGUGUGUCCAAAAAGGUUCUCCGACAAGAAGAACAUGAUGAUACACAUGAGAACCCACACGGGAGAGAAGCCUUUCCCUUGUCCGGUGUGUGCUAAAAGUUUCUCUGUGAAGAAGAACAUGAUGAGACACAUGAGAACGCACACUGGUGAGAAACCCUUCUCUUGCUCAGUGUGCAAUGAAAGCUUCUCUCAAAAGGGGAGCAUGAUGAGACACACAAGGACACAUUUUCCUCAUUGAUGUUUUUGCCGAUGGGAGGUGUGGGAUGAAUGAGGUCCACGUGGACAUCAUGCUGACAUGUUAUCAUUAGAUGGACAUGAGACGACAUGAUACUCUGUUUUUCACCUUUUCAUUUACUGACAUGUUUGAUGUAUCCUGUCACUUGUCACAUCUAAUAAACUAUCAUCUUUACUGGAGGAAUGCAUAAACAAAGAAUACGGUCGGA